UAGCGAAUAUGACAAAGUAGCGCGAAGAAUCUGAGCCUCAAGACUCCAAAUUCCAAAACAAUGGUUUUGCCCAUCUUUACGUAUUUCCGGGACCGAAUCAAACCCAGCAGGCAGCAGGCAGCAGGCAGCAGGCAAAGAGAGAGAGUGUGUGUGUGUUUCUCACCUUACCUUAAAAUAUAUUAACAAUUUUUUUAAAAUGACGGUUUCAAUAUUUUAUAACAUUCCAUCACCCUCCUCAUCUUCCCUUUCUUCUUUUUCUUGUUCAUCUUCUUGCUUCUUAAGCAUUGCCUCCUCCUCUAUUCCCUUUUCAAACCCUAAAAAACCAGUACAACUUUCUCUUUCUCAUACCUCUGCUUCUCUCUCGGAUAUGGAUGUAAUAAGCAGUCCUGGAUUAUACCCUUUGCACCGUUGUAAAACUCUGCAUCUGGUGAGGCAUGCUCAAGGGGUUCACAAUGUAGAAGGGGAAAAGGAUCACGCCGCUUAUUUAUCUGAAAGCCUUUUCGAUGCCCAUCUCACACCUCUUGGUUGGCAACAGGUUGAUCAUCUGCGCAAGCAUGUUCAUGAAACUGGGCUUUCUAAGAAAAUCGAGUUGGUUAUUGUGUCCCCUUUGCUCAGGACUAUGCAAACUGCAGUGGGAGUCUUUGGUAGUGAAGGGUAUAAAGAUGGGAUAGAUGUACCUCCAUUGAUGGUGGAAAAUGCAGGUGAAAGUAACCGUCCUGCAAUUUCAAGUUUGAAUUGCCCGCCAUUUGUAGCUGUUGAACUUUGUCGAGAACAUUUGGGAGUCCAUCCAUGUGAUAGAAGAAAAAGCAUCGGCGAGUAUCGGCCUGUCUUUCCUGCAAUUGAUUUUUCUCUGAUAGCAAGCGAUGAGGAUAAUUUGUGGGAAGCUAACAGUAGAGAAAAGAAUGAAGAAGUAGCAGUCAGAGGAAUGAAAUUUUUGAACUGGUUGUGGACAAGAAAAGAGAGGGAAAUUGCCAUUGUUACUCACAGUGGCUUCUUGUACCAUACCUUGAGUGUUUUUGGUAACGAUUGUCACCCAUCUGUGAAGAGUGAAAUAUGCACACACUUUGCAAAUUGCGAGCUUCGAUCCGUAGUUAUUGUUGAUAGAAGUAUGAUGGGAUCAGAUCCUGCAACAACAAACUAUCCCGGAAAAAUCCCUAGUGGGCUUGAUCUUCCCAGUGAUGUUGCUGAUGAGAAGCUCUUGAAUGAUGGAGAAGGCAAGUAGUUAUUAAUCCGCCGGAAUCUGAGUUUGAUAUCCAUAGUAUGAUCCUUCUGCAAAUUUGUCAUAAUUGUUACCUCACAAAGACUGUAUGUAGGUUAUGUUGCUUUCAAUUUUUGAAAGCAUUCAUGCUCGAGAUUUGUUUGGAUAUGAGUAAGGUAGUAGAAUCCUCUAAAUAUAUUUGAAAAAAUUUAGAGAUGAUUAAGCAUACUUGUAGUGGACACAGAUAUGUGAAAAAACUUGGAGAUAAUUAAGCAUACUUGUAAUGGACACAUACCCAGUAUUUAAUACUUUCGAGUCCAGGGAACAGAAAAUAAAAUUUGAGUGUGUUUAGUAGGGAAGAAAA